AAAAUCAUUGCGAGUCCAUUUCCACAAAGCGAUCUGAGUUUAAAGAUCAUACAUUUCUUCCAAAUUUGAAAACUUGUAAUGAACGAACAUAUGACAAAAGCCACAAAAGCCACAAAACCCAGAAAUCUUUUUUGGUUUUGCUGUCUUCUAAUGGCGUUUUUGUUUGCUUAUUCUGCAUCUGUCCAGCUUAAUGAUCCUGAUUGGUACUUUUGGUUUCCUCUAUACACACUGGCUUGUGUAGUUAAUCUGAUUAACUGCAAAAGAAGAAUCAAACAAAUGAUGGUGAGAACAGCUUUAGGCUUGGGUCUGUUCUUGUUAGUUAAAGUUGUUGCAGAGGAUGUGAUUACAGAGAAAGUUGGAGUCUUGUCUUUGGAUCUUACUCAUAGAGUGGUUAGAGAGAAGGUUGGAAGUGGUUUGGUGAUAGCUUCCAUGGUUUUGCAACUACAACAAGCUUCUUCCACAAAACCCAUUGACUUUGGGAUGGUUGCAAUAGUAAUCUUUGGCUAUGGACUUCCCUUUUGGUUCUUCACAGUUAUGAAAGGAGAAAUCAAGAUUUGAAGGAGGCUAAUCAGAAUGAAUAAACCAAAGCUGUCUAAGGUUCAAUGGAGAAAAAGUUAGUUGCUUUACAAUGACAAGGGUGGUCAGUUUCUUGUCCAGAUGUUACCAGCCUGCGACCAUAGUCUCGAGUGAUCUCUUCUCCUGCAGCUAUCU